UGUCGGGUCUGUGUCGCUACGAGAGCGAAUCGCGUGCAAAGGAACAAUAUCUCACAAGGAAUAUAGAAUAAAGAUAGAUACACAGAAAGUAUCUAUCUACAGAGGUAUCGUUGUGUACCUAUAGCUGAAUAGACAUGCCUCUAUCACGGGAUACUAAAUUAAAUUGGUUCCUUCUAUUGAAUUAAAGGAAUACCUGCCUACCAACGAGAAAACAAAAAUAAACGUUAUUAGAAUAAUUUAAUAUCCCCUCAAAAAACAAAACGGUGAACUCCAUCCAAUUCCCCAUCAUCUGCUUUUACCCAUAACUGUUAAUAAAUCGUUUAUUUUCGAACUGGGUUCAUUCUUGUUUUUGGCGUCUUCUCAAAUGUGAAUAUCUUAUCGAAAACACAAUCGAAUUAUAUAUUGUCCUUGCUGAAGUGAUAAAUUAACGGAAAUUUAUUUUGUUAACUCUUCUUAACUAAAAAGCUAUCGGUUGAAGAUUAAAAUAAAAGAAGAAAAGAAUUCAAAGUGAAAUUGAUUUCAGAAUUUAAAUAUAAGAGCAAAAUAAUAUGAAGUGAAAAAUGUGAAAUUUUAAAAGCAAAUCGAUGUCCUGAUGCGAUAAGAAAAGUGCUAAAAAAAAUGUAGAUAUAUUUUUCUUAAAAUAUUGUGAAUGGCAAUUUAUGUAUGUAUGUACGUAAAUUUUGUGAAUUGUGGAAACAAAAAUAAAAAUUAAAUCUGUGAAUAUCUAAAAUAAUUAAACCUUGCUACAACGAUCGUUCGGUUGGUUUUGUAAAAAUAUUGAAUUGAAAAAUAUAUACAGUGAUAUCUUUUAUUCAUCAUCUUCAUCAUCAAUAUCAAUUUAUCACAGCAGAUGCAAAUUGUAACGGAUUAAUUGGAGUAUACUAAAAGCUGUAAUAUAUAAAAAACUGAAAGAGAGGAUUUUUCUUUCUUAAAAGACAAUAUUUUGUAUCUACAAGGACAUCGAACACAGGCUACAAGGACAAUUUGGAUUUGCCCCAAGAAUAUAAGUAGAAACUCCCACACCAGCCAUAAAGUUAAAAGAAAAGUAGCACUUCCGAAACGGAGAGAGUGCCUUUUAAACGAAAGUCACACAGGACGUGCUUGAGACGUUCAAAAAUAUACAACACUGUGUACAGUAAAAGGAUACUCAUAACGAUAUACGUAAAAGAAAAAUAUUGGAAACGAAAACUGAUCCUUCCCAAUUGAAUUUUCUCUCACUCUCUUUGAGCUGCUGCCUCCCCCGCCCCCAACGGACCAUAAAGUUGAAAAUAUUUGGUUUUGGACUUUUGUAAAAGAAAAAAGAGAAAAAACAUCACAUCCUGUGGCGUUGUUGGAGAAUCUUCCGCUGGCGUGUAUUUAUCCUCUCCGUGGCGCGAUAUAAUAGCAAAAGGACAUGAUAAAUUGAGAGUCUCAUAAAAAUUUCAUCUAGGAAUUUAUGUAAUGUGUUGUUGGUUACAAGACGAAGUCCAAAUACACAACAACAAAAAAUAUCCUUUUUGACUGGUUCUUUUCGGUCUCUUGGUCUUGGUCUUGACAUCGUCUACUACGGUAUAGCUGCCGUCGCGUGUGAGUCCUUUUAUCCAAGGCUAUAACACUUCACUGAGUGUGUGUGUGUCUUACUUUUAUAUCCAACCAUCAUGGUCGUUGUAUGUCCUUUUAAAAUAUUCAGCAAAAUUUCCGUCUGAAGUUGAGAAAUUGCAAAAAGGAUAUCUUUCGGGAAUUGCACUAUACCGCGUCAAGUGCACCUCGUAUUCUCUGUCACGGUCAACUCGGAUGAAAGUAUAACCUAAAUAAUUGAACAGCUCUAUAUAUCCACACACCACACCGGGGAAUACUCAUCUUCAGACCAGACUGUGUCUGUGGCUUUGGUGGAUAAAAGAAGAUGCCAUUAGCCGUUGUUGCUUUGGCUGGAAUCAGCGGUCAUUCGGUUCGUAGUUGAAUCGUCUUGUUUUCUUCUUCUUCUUCCACGUUUUAUUUUUAUUUUCGUUGUCGCCGUGUGUGUGUUUGACUAUAUUCGUCCUUUUUGUGAAUGGAUGGAUGUAGGUUUGGUUUUGAAGACGAAUAGAGUUUAAAAUGCGGAAAAAUUCGAAUGUUAAGUGUUGUGCGAUAAACGAUUUGGAAAUGUCUCAAUAUCGGUUCGAUUUAACGAGGAUACACGUCCGUCGGUCGAAACGAUAUCCUGCGCUUGAAUUAAGCCAAAUUUUAUUGGUUUGCUGGAUAUACUGCUGCUUGACUGUUACUGUAAAUGCUCAAUACCGUUCACCACGUAUAACCGAACAUCCAAGUGAUUUAGUAGUGAAAAAAAGUGAUCCGGCCACACUGAAUUGCAAAGUUGAGGGCAAACCCGAACCGACAAUCGAAUGGUUUAAGGAUGGCGAACCUGUGAAGACGAACGAAAAAAAGUCACACCGUGUCCUUCUGGAGAAUGGAGCCUUAUUCUUUUAUAGAACGGUACACAGUAAAAAAGAACAAGAUGGCGGUGUCUAUUGGUGUGUAGCGAAGAAUCUUGUUGGCAAAGCCGUAAGCCGUAAUGCUACAUUGCAAAUAGCAGUUUUGCGUGAUGACUUUCGAGUGCAGCCAAAGGAUACGCGGGUUGCUAAAGGUGAGACGGCCCUCUUGGAAUGUGGACCACCAAAAGGACUUCCAGAGCCCUCACUCAUCUGGAUGAAGGAUGGAGUGCCACUGGAUGACUUGAGGGGCAAGUCUUACGGAACCACAUCACGUAUUCGCAUAGUCGAUGGUGGCAAUUUAUUGAUAAGCAAUGUCGAACCAAUUGACGAGGGCAACUAUAAGUGUAUAGCUCAGAAUCUAGUUGGAACCAAGGAGUCAAACUAUGCCAAAUUAAUUGUACAGGUCAAACCAUACUUCAAAAAAGAACCCCAGGAUAGCACAAUGCUAUCUGGACAAACAGUUCGUUUUCAAUGUCUUGUUGGAGGUGAUCCACAACCAAAGAUUCUUUGGAAAAAAGAUGACGGCAACAUCCCCACAGCAAGAGCCCGUAUCCUGCAGGAGGACCUUAGUCUAGAAAUAACAAAUUUAACAAUUGGCGACGAGGGUAUUUACAUCUGUGAAGCACAAAAUAGCGUCGGACAAAUCAGUGCACGAGCCGAACUCAUUGUUCAUGCUGCACCAAAGUUCGUGUUAAAACCACAGGACAAGAAAAUCGGUUUGAAUGGUGUGGCACGUUUUCAGUGUGUCGCCGAUGGUAAUCCACCGCCAUCCGUUUUCUGGACAAAGGAAGGCUCAUCCAUGCUAAUGUUCCCAAACAAUUCCUAUGGCCACUUGCAUGUCUCCAAUGAGGGUACAUUGCAAAUAAAUGGCGUACAAAAGGACGAUGCCGGCUAUUAUGUGUGCUCGGCAUUUAGUGUUGUCGAUUCCACGACAAUUCGUGCGUUCUUACAGGUGACGUCCGUAGAUGAUACUCCACCGCCCAUUAUUCAAAUAGGCCCGUCCAACCAAACACUGCCCAAGGGUAGUGUUGCUAUGUUGCCAUGCCGAGCGACAGGAACUCCAAUGCCACGAGUCAAGUGGUACAAAGAUGGUGUACCAUUACAGAGUGGACAUCGUUUCAUGAUUGUCCAGGGUGGAUCGCUAAGGAUUGAUGACCUCCAACAAACAGAUACAGGCUUGUAUACAUGUACCGCUUCGUCCGAGAGUGGGGAGACAUCGUGGUCGGCUACUUUAACGGUUGAAAAAAUCAGUUCAUCAGUUCUGCAUCGAUCUCCAGAUCCAAGUACAUAUCCAGCACCGCCUGGUACACCAAAAGUGCUUAACGUUACGCAAAAGAGCAUUACACUGCGUUGGACACGAAGUCAAGAGAAGCCUGGAGCUACCAGUCCUAUAAUCGGCUAUACUGUGGAGUAUUUUAGUUCGGAUCUUCAAACAGGCUGGGUUGUGGCCGCCCAUCGUAUUCCUGAUCAAACAAUAACGAUAUCAGGAUUGAAGCCGGGCACCUCGUAUGUGUUUCUAGUUCGUGCUGAAAAUUCACACGGUCUAUCGGUGCCAUCUGGGCUGUCGAAUGUGGCAAAAACUUUAGGCACAGAUUCGGGUGUGGUGCCACCAGGAGAAUUGUCAGCUGCUAGAGAUGUUUUAAGUGGAAAGGUGGUAGAGCUCAUCGAUGCGGCUGCGAUUAAUUCAACGGCGGUCCGCCUUGACUGGGUAAUGCACGUCAGUGUGACGGAAAAAUACGUUGAGGGUCUGUAUGUACGAUUUCGUGACAUUAGUGGCAGUUCGCAGAAAUACAACAUCAUGACAGUGCUGAAUCCGUCGAUUGAAUCGCAUGUUGUUGGCAAUUUAAAGAAGUACACCAAGUAUGAGUUUUUCCUAGCUCCGUUCUAUCAAAGUCUAGAGGGCCAACCGAGUAAUUCAAAACUAGUCCAGACAUACGAGGAUGUACCAUCCGCUCCACCGGAUUCCGUCCUUACCGGGAUGUUGAACCUAACAGCUGGCUGGGUCCGUUGGUCACCGCCACCACCGCAACAUCACAACGGCAUUUUACUCGGCUACAAAAUUCAGGUAACGGCAGGAAAUACAGCCAAAGUGCUAGCCAAUAUGACACUGAACGCCACCACUACAUCAGUCAUGUUGAACAGCCUCACAACUGGUGCCACUUACAACGUCCGCGUGGUCGCAUACACAAAAGCCGGAGAAGGACCGUAUUCUCAGCCAAAAUCCUUGGUGAUGGACCCGGCCCAUCUAAUCUCGCCACCACGUGCACAUCCAAGCGGCUCAAUGAACGGCAUCACUGGUCCCAGUGGCGGUGGCAUUGGUGGUGGCUUAGACGGCCAUGGCAUGGAUCCACUUGACGAUAUAGCCGCCACCACCCACCGGAAGUCGACGAAUGUCGUCCACGAGACCUGGUUCAUGGCACUUGUGAUCACAAUGCUGGUAGCCAUACUCAUCUCGGCGGCAGCUGCAAUGCUCUUCUUCAAGCGCCGUCAUCAGUUGACAAAGGAAUUGGGCCACUUGAGUGUUGUUAGUGCCAACGAAAUCACUGCCCUGAAUAUCAAUGGCAAGGACAGCUUGUGGAUUGAUAGGGGUUGGCGCAGUGCCGACACCGAUAAGGAUUCCGGUUUGAGUGAAACCAAAUUGCUAUCGAAUCCGAACAGCCAGUCGAACUAUACGUCGGACGGUGGAACGGACUAUGCUGAAGUGGAUACGCGUAACAUGAGUACAUUCUACAAUUGUCGCAAGAGUCCUGAGAAUCCAACACCGUAUGCGACAACAAUGAUCAUUGGGACAUCGUCGACGGAGACAUGUUUAAAGACGUCAUCAUCGAGCAAUGACCAGGAUUCGGGAACACAUAGUCCGCAUUCGGAUGCGGCUCCACCACAAUGUUAUGCGGCACAAAACAAGCAUAACUAUCAUCAGUAUCCACCAGAAUUUACCCUCCCACCACCGGAUCAUCCACCACCAGUACCACAAAACAUUUGCUAUCAACCUGGUAGUCCACAAUCGAGUAGGAAGAGUUCAAAAUCCGGUGGAUCUGGAAUGUCCACACAUCAAAGUGCUCUAAAUUCAUCAAUUCACAGUAGUUCCUCGGGAGGAUUCUCUACAUGGGGCGUAGCGCCACAAAAUCAACAUUGUGGACCUGGUGCUAGUAGUGCAGGAGUUAAUCGCCAAGAGAACUACUACAACAAUCCUCUGCCCUGUGUUGGAGUUGUUGGUCAUCCAGGUGGCCAGAGCCGUUAUCAGAUUACACCCACGGGACAACAUCCCCCACCUUUGCCGCCAUACUAUCCACCAUCAGGGCAAGGGCCCGCUGCCAUGCCCACUAGAAAUAUACAUAUCCAUUAUCCACCACCGCGACAUGCUGUCUCAGACUAUCAACCAACGGGGACACAAAAUUCAAGGUGUUCGAAUGGAAGAUCCUGCAACAGCUGUGAUGCCCUAUCCUCUCCAGGACAGCCACUUCCGCCACCAUCCUCAACCGAAUGGUAUCAACCUCUGCACAACAACAAUUCAAAUCCCCACCAGCCUCCCAUCUAUACAUGUUCCUCAGAGUGUUCUGAUCAUUCAACCCGGAACGACCGACACUCCCAUCACAAUGGUCACCAUUUGAUGCACUCAUCGCACCACUCCCAACAUCAACCCAUGACUCACAGCCACACCAGCCAUCACAGUCAUCACUCGUCGUCGAAUCAUCGAGAUCAUCAAAAUGACACAAUGCGCUCCGACAGCAGCCAGGAAAACAAUCCCGGCAAAGUCUACAUGAUGAACCGUUGUCAAGCUGCAUUCCCCGAAAAUGAGGAAUCAGAACGUGAUCGAAUGUUAAAACAAUGUUCAUACGAUACAACGGAUGUAGAGCAUCGAAACUGCAGUGAUUGCUGCAGUAGUUCCAGAGAGGGCGACACCUGUUCGUGCAGUGAGGGUUCCUGUCUAUAUGCCGAGGCUGGUGAACCCGGACCUCCGCCGCCAACAUCCCAACAACAGCAACAGCAGCAACUAGCUAUGGCAAAGUAGAGUGGUCCUUCAACAAUAAGCAUGAAACUGCCUCCUCGUCCCCCAAACUCCCCCCAAAAUGAGACUUAAUCGUGUAUAGGGUAAGCAUUUCUAUAUAAUGUAGACAUAAGAAAAGGAAACGAUAACGAUAACGAUAACAAAAAGAGAAAGAGAAAACUAAAUAUAACACAAAACACAAUCAGAGAGUAAUAAUUUCUUCAUUUCCGCUUUUAAAAUGAUAAAUAACCGCUAUUCAACUGUACAAUGGGCUGCUUUUGGGCACACACAAUCACUGGUGAUGAUUGUCCUGGAUUCUUAUGGAAAUAUACUUUGGCGAAUAUGAAAUAAUAAAACUUAAGUCAUCCCCUUCCACUCCCCUUCAACCUAACUGACUUUUGGAUUUAAAUAAUUUAUUUGGCGCAAAACCCUUUUAUCCUUUAGCGGUAGCGGUAGCGUUAUGGUGCUCCAUUGUUUUCCACUAUUAAGUGAAUUCAAAAUGAGUUGUUCGUUAUUUUUUCAUACCAUCACCAUGGUCGACUGAGGACGAUAAACAUGGAUGACGAGGACGAACGAGGACGAUGCCAUUUGUGGCACGCUGCCGCCCGACAACAAAUUCCAAAAAUUCGCGUGACAAAUUCACAUUUUGUUGAUGAUGGCAACUCGAAACCUUACCUUUAUAGCCUUUCCCAAUUUCAUAGCAAAUAUUAUCUUGAAAGUUUUAGUAGCUUUGUAAACAAUUUUUUAACUUGAUAAUAUUUGAGGAUAAGCGAGUUUUUUGUUAGUCGUUUAUAUUUUAUGAAUAGAACCGACCGCCGACAGGAGUGGGCUUUUGUUUUCAUACAAAAUAUAGUGUUUUCAAAAAGAGGAUAAACGAGUUGAUUGUUUUGGUUGUCAAAACUAACACACCAGACCACAACCAACAACAGGUGAAGGAAGGGUUUUUAUUUUUAUUUUAUUAAAGGCAGAGGUACCUUUCUAAAAGAAUUUUUAUACCUUUCAUGCGAUAAGAGCAAUUUUUAGAAGAAUGGAAAGGAUAUUGGUACAACAACAACAACAAAAAAAAAAACAUUUAAUGUAAUCAUAAAUUAGGUCCUUGUAAAUUAUUAAGUGGAAGCAAAAUGGUUUUAUUUUUUUUAAGUAAAGGUAUUACAAGUAUUAUAAUAUAAGUAGGUACAAGUCCUUUCUUAUAUAAGAAAUAGGUAAUACAACAAACUUUUGGACAUGUCUUUAGGCUGUCAUGGGUUGUUAGAAUAAAUUUAUGAGUAGGGACAUUUUUUGAGGGUAGGUGCCUAUGCCUUUCUAUACUUUAUGGAAAAGCAGCUGGCAACCAAAAUGCUAUGUUGCUGUAGAUUUAAUAUUUAUGGGAGUAUUUUGGUUGGAGUUGUAGCUUCUUUGGUAUUUUAUAAAAUUGUUGUUUGAAAGCUUCUAAAUGCACUGUCUAUCUCUGAAUUAUAAAGCUGAAUGUAUAACGUUAGCAAGAAUAAUUCGUUCGACUUAUGUGGAAAAUAGUGAAGGAAAGGUUGCAUCAAUAAUGUAAAAGCUUUAACAAAGUAAAUGGAUAUAUUCAGUCUUUUCAAAUUCGAUUUCAAUGACAGUUUACAAAAAAAGAGUGUAUGAACCAUUGGGAAAAAUUAUGUGAGCUUAAACCAGACACUCGUUUAACGUCCUUAAAUUUUUGAAGAACCUCUUUAGAAUGAUCGCGAAUUUGGAGCCAAAUAUCUCGGAACCAUAAGAGAUACAAGACAAAAAUUUCGAUUUAAGCUUUAAACACGUUUUAAAGUAUAGAGUUAAGGGUCAUUCAUUUGGCCAGUUUAAUUUCUAACGUUUCUGACACUUUCUUCAGUCAGAUUGACAAAGCGGAAGAGUGAAAUGAGAAUAAAAUCAGAUUAGUUUUGCAUUUCUUUUCUUCCUUUUUAGAAUUGUGGGAAAGGGAAUUCUUGAGAGAUCGGAGUGUAAAAAUUCUAUUCUCAGAGUUUUGACAGAAAAAACGAAAAAUUCUGGAUUUUGAGAAUACAGAAAUCUCUGAGAUUUUAGAAAAAUAAACCUGGCAAUUUCGUGGUUACAAAUUGACUGCACUGUCAUUUGACACAUGCCAAACUCAACUGUCAUUUUAGUUAUCAUGACAUUUGUUGAAUUAGCAUGUUAAACGAACGGAACCCGACAGUG